CUGCUGGGCCCAGGGGAGGGGGCCGUCAGGGGAAGGCCCUUCCUGUCUCUGGGGACUGGAACUUCCGCUUCAGCCUGAGAGCAGCAGGCGCCUAGGUCCUGGUCCCACUGCUGCCCAGCCCAGCGGCAUCACCGGACUCCAGGUUCCCAGGGGGAGUGGCGAGCAGUGAGUAGUUAGCCCUGAGUGAAGCGAACCCUGUUUGUCAAGGAGGGGGUGGGACCACACACCCCACGAGAGACCGCGUUCCUCUCAGACUCCAUCUCACGGAAUCCUCUGCCCUGACAGGCGGUAGCUGAGACGGAGUGGUGAUGACGGCCCCGAGGGGCUGCGUUCUGGUGCUGCUGCUGCUCCUGAGUCUGUCGGGCGCCUCCUGGGCCCAGAGCAGCUGUACUGGACACGCGGCCAUCCCUGGCAUCCCGGGCAUCCCUGGUGCACCAGGCUCUAACGGCAAACCUGGGACCCCAGGGACAAAGGGAGAGAAAGGGCUGCCAGGGCUGGCUGGAGACCAUGGCGAGUUUGGGGAGAAGGGAGACCCAGGGAUGCCUGGGAAACCAGGCAAAGUAGGCCCCAAGGGCCCCAUUGGUCCCAAAGGUUCCCCAGGCCCCCCCGGACCCCGUGGCCCCAAGGGCGAGUCAGGGGACUAUAGGGCCACACAGAAAAUCGCCUUCUCUGCCACGAGGACCAUCAACAGCGUCCUGCGGCGGGAGCAGCCCAUCCGCUUCGACCACGUGAUCACCAACGAGAACCGCAACUACGAACCCCGCAGCGGCAAGUUCACCUGCACCGUGCCCGGCAUCUACUACUUCGCCUACCACGCCAGCUCGCGAGGGAACCUGUGCGUGAACCUCAUCCGGGGCCGGGAGCGCAUGGAGAAGGUGGUCACCUUCUGCGACUACGCCCAGAACACCUUCCAGGUCACCACGGGCGGUGUGGUCCUCAAGCUGAGCGAGGGGGAGAACGUGUUUCUGCAGGCCACAGACAAGAACGCCCUGCUGGGCUUGGAAGGUGCCAAUAGCAUCUUCUCUGGGUUCUUGCUCUUCCCAGACGCAGAGGUGUGAGCUGUGGGGCUGGCUGGCUCCCUCCCCAUCCCUUACCCCUGCCAGCAAGGCUCACUUGGACCCCCAUCCCCACCCCCACCAGACCGAAACGCACAGUAGGGCUCCGUGGAUGUUGCUGAAGGAAUGAGCAAAUAAACUUUCCAAGGCCAAA